GGCAUGUGCCCGACAACGCGUCAGACCCAACCGACGAUGACGGUGGAUGGCUUCGAGGUAGCGUUCCAGACCAACCACCUGAGCCACUUCCUGCUCACCAAGUUGUUGAUGUCCAACCUAGAGUCGUCUGCUCCCUCACGCGUCGUCGUCGUCUCAUCCUCAUUGCACCAGGGGAGGGGCAAGGGUACACUGCAACCCGAUCUCAAGACUUCAUCCCUGGAUGAGCUACGCAAGAGCUGGAGCGAUAACCCCAACGGAAUGGUUCUCUACAAGAGCUCGAAACUUGCAAACAUUCUCUUUGCAUUUGAGCUCAAUCGAAGGCUCAAGGACAGGAGAGUGACGUGCAACGCUCUCAGCCCUGGCUUCAUUCCGAACACUGGACUCAGCAGAAAUCAAGGACUUUUUGGAAUUUUCUUCAUGAAGUAUGUGAUGGCAAUUCUCCCCUUCAAGUUCAUAGCCACAUUGGAGCAGGGCGCUACCUGCAUCGAGUACGUGGCAACUGCUGAGGAGCUGGAAGGAAUAGGAGGCAAUUACUACGCAGCGUGCAAGGAAGCGCCAACGAGCGAACUGGCGAAGUCAGAAGAGCUGCAGUCGAGUCUGUGGCGUCUGAGCGAGUCCAUGAUUGCGCCUUACGUAAGAUGAGAUGCGUUUCACGGCGAGAUAGGGAGUGUCUCGAUCAAGGGAUGGGGACUGUUCUUUAUUUGUGAUGGCAAA